CGGUAGCUUUACAAAAUUGGUACUAUUUCAUCCCUUUUAACACUUCCAUAUAAAAGCUGUGGGGUGGAGAGGGCAGAAUGGAAUCAAUGGAUGGUUCAGGGAAGCAGAAGCUGCUCCUAGAUGAUCAUAAGGAGAGGCAUUUCACGGCCGGUGAGAUCGUCCGUGACAUCAUCAUCGGCGUAUCAGACGGUCUCACCGUUCCCUUCGCCCUUGCCGCGGGUUUGUCCGGUGCCAAUGCCUCCUCUUCUAUCAUUCUCACCGCCGGCAUCGCAGAAGUCGCUGCUGGCGCCAUCUCCAUGGGACUCGGCGGGUACCUUGCGGCCAAAAGCGAAGCUGAUCACUACAUGAGGGAACUGAAGAGAGAACAAGAAGAAAUCAUCACUGUCCCUGACAUCGAGGCUGCGGAAAUAGAAGAGAUUCUAUCGCAAUAUGGUCUUGAGCCUCAUGAAUCUGCACCUGUGGUGAACGCACUCAGAAGAAGGCCUCAAGCUUGGCUUGAUUUCAUGAUGAAGUUCGAGCUGGGAUUGGAGAAGCCUGAUCCGAGGAGGGCAAUGCAGAGCGCAUUCACUAUUGCCCUUGCGUACGUGUUAGGAGGAUUUGUGCCCCUUAUUCCAUACAUGCUCGUUCCAAGGGCUGAAGAGGCCGUGAUAGCUUCGGUUGUUUUGACCUUGGUGGCAUUGCUAAUCUUCGGCUACGGAAAGGGUCGCUUCACUGGUAAUAAACCUCUCAGAAGUGCCCUACAAACUGCACUCAUAGGAGCUCUGGCAUCCGCUGCUGCUUUUGGCAUGGCUAAGGCUGUACGAGCAAUCCCCUAACGAGUAUACAUAAUAAGCUAGCUUUACUAGUUUAGAAUUUUAAGCUUGUAGUUCGCUUCAUUGUUCCAAGUUUGGACGAUUUCUAUGUUUGUUUCCAUUAAUAUGCACAAAACUAGCUGCAAAGCCACAAAUACUUGGUGACUUUUCUGGUUGGGUUACAAUGGUCUGACAAAUAUUCCUAGCAAUAGCUUGCUAAAAGAUCAACUCAAAUUUGGUUUCU